AUGGAUGAUGGUGGUGAAGAGAGAGGUUACUGGAGAUGGAGCAAGAAAGACUUCUUUCCCGAGGAAUCUUUCCAGAGCUUCCAUAGUUACAGAACAGCUCUGUCUCAGACAUGUUCAAGGUUCAAGAACAGAUUAAUUAGCAGGUCUGACGACGAGAACGAGCGUGUCGAGCUCAGGAAACAGAGCGAGCACGACAUGAAACGGUGCCUCAUGUGGUGGGAUCUACUCUGGUUCGGGUUCGGGUCAGUGAUCGGAGCUGGAAUCUUUGUCUUGACAGGUCAAGAAGCUCACGAACAAGCAGGACCAGCUAUCGUCUUGUCCUAUGUCGUCUCAGGCUUCUCCGCCAUGCUCUCUGUCUUCUGCUACACCGAGUUCGCCGGUGGCUCCUUCGCCUACCUACGAAUCGAGCUCGGGGAUUUCGCGGCCUUCAUAACCGCCGGAAACAUACUCCUCGAGAGCAUAGUUGGAACCGCGGCUGUCUCUAGAGCAUGGACUUCAUAUUUCGCAACGCUUCUCAACCGCGAACCGAACGCUCUACGGAUCAGAACAGAUCUCGCCACCGGUUUCAACCUCCUCGACCCGAUAGCCGUAGUGGUUUUAGCCGUUGCGGCUACGAUCGCGUCCAUAAGCACGCGAAAGACCUCACUGCUCAACUGGAUAGCUUCUGCUGUCAACACGUUAGUGAUACUCUUCGUGAUCAUCUCUGGCUUUAUCCACGCGAACACCUCGAACCUGACUCCGUUCUUGCCUUACGGACCAGAGGGAGUCUUCAGAGCAGCUGCGGUCGUGUACUUUGCGUACGGAGGGUUCGACAACAUAGCAACAAUGGCUGAAGAAACCAAGAACCCAUCAAGAGACAUACCGAUCGGUUUACUCGGUUCCAUGUCGAUAAUCACGGUGAUAUACUGCUUGAUGGCGUUGUCCUUGAGCAUGAUGCAGAAGUACACGGAGAUCGAUCCAAACGCAGCUUACUCUGUAGCGUUCCAGAGCGUUGGGAUGAAAUGGGGAAAGUAUUUGGUGGCUCUUGGUGCUCUCAAAGGCAUGACCACAGUGCUUCUUGUUUGA